GUGUGUUAAAAGCACGAAGACCUACAACCAUAAUCACAGUGCGCGACGGUCGUAAUCCUGCACUUUAUACAGUAUCGUAGUCGGCCAACUUUCACGUCAAGGUCACCGAGUAUAAACAACCAUGAGUUGGGGCUACAGCGAAAUUGACGGUCCCCACACAUGGCACAAGAUCUUUCCCCAAGCUGCUGGGCCGAGACAGUCGCCCAUUGACGUCAACACGGCCCGUGUCACUUCAGACACUUCUCUUCACUCACAGCCGCUGCAGUGGCGUUAUGUCCCCGGAAACUGCAAGGCGAUCGCAAACCCUGGCUACUGCUGGAGACUGGACGUGAACGGAGAAGGAUCAGAACUGAGUGGAGGCCCGCUGCAGGCUCACUACAAGCUGGAGCAGUUCCAUGCACACUGGGGCCCAUCUAGUGAGAAAGGCUCUGAACACACGGUGGACGGUCAAGCAUAUGCUGGAGAGCUGCACUUAGUUCACUGGAACAGCGACAAAUACAAGUCCUUCGCAGAAGCAGCGGGACAUCCUGAUGGUUUAGCUGUGCUUGGAGUGUUCUUAGAGGCUGGAAUUAAAGACAACGAUGAACUUGAGAAAAUUGUCAAACUUAUUCCACACAUCACUCACAAAGGACAAACAACUGACGUCUCCAACCCAGUUGAUCCGGCAAAACUUAUUCCUGACAACAAGCACUACUGGACUUACCUCGGCUCGCUCACCACACCACCUUGCACAGAGAGUGUUAUUUGGAUACUCUUCAAGGAGCCGAUCCCCAUCUCUGAACGCCAGCUAUCAGUGUUCAGAAGCAUCAAGCGAGUCGGAGCCGAUGAAGUCCACUGCGACGCUGAAGAUGCAAACAUCAUCUGUAACUACAGACCUCCAUUGCCGCUUGGAAACCGAGAGCUUCGAGAGUGCGGCCAUCAUUAGAGCGGCGACCAACAACGUAGCAUCACGAUCUGAUAGCGUAACACCCGCAUUUACUCUGGGUCCACCGAAAGCCUUUAACCAAUAUUUAUGUUUAUGAUAUUAAUUGUUGACCUUAGCGUAAGAAACAUUCCUACUUUAGAGACGAUGAAAUUGUCAAUGUGAUAUAGAUUUUAAAUAUUUGGUUUAUGAUGAGCUUAUUUUGAACUUUUCUCUAGUGGAUUGGGGGGAGCGAGAAUAAUCAACGAUGUAACAAUUAGUUGGAUGGGUUUCAAACCUACAAAUUUAACAUCACUGUUAUAGAUAUUAAAAUGAUAGUUUUAAAAUUCAGUUCCUCCAUAAGUUUGGAUGGUUGGUAGAACAAAGACUAAUGAACCUUAGCAAUUAUAUUUGUUCAAAAGUUUUGUUUCUAGCUGCCCAGUACUGUAUAUUCUUGCUCUGUAUUUAACAGACAGACUAUGUUAAGAAACAUGGAGCAGUUACAUUUCUACAGUUUUACCCUGCAAGGGAUGUAUUUUGUGAUAGUUUACGAUUGAAUGAAAUCAUUAAUUGAUAUCUUUUGAACAAUCAGUAGUAGAGAAAUAACUUACUUUAGAAUAGGGAUGCCAGAUCUUUUGGCUGAAGCUGGUUAAAGCUUUAAUUGUGAAAGCUAGUCCUUAGUUAGAUAGUUAAAGAUGUAACAGUGCUAAUUGAGUUUUUGGAUAUUCACAAACACAAUUGCACAGUUGUAGAAGUGUCCAAAAUACAAGUACCAAAUUGCUAUUGAGUUUUGUGACCUGUGCAAUAUGUAAUAUAGUGCCUUUAAUCGUGCUUGUUACAAAUUGUGCUUUAUGUAUUGAUGUAAUGGAACUUUCUCGAUGUGCAAGGAAAUUAGUUAGACUUGUUUUUGGCGAACACAUCUGCUUAGAAUAGUUUACCUAUACUAGUACAAAUACCGUAUCAUUUCCUAGAAUUGAUUACUUGCAGACAUUUUUGGUGCUGAUAGAUUAGUUACCUGAUAUUAGUUAGCUGUUUAAUUUUAGGUUACGGAAGUCAAUAAAUUUGUUAGUUGAAA